UCAUCAGUGAGGGCUCGCUAUUCAAAGCUUGGCUGACGAAUGAGCUUCAAGAUGUAGUCGGAUGCUUGCUAUUUAAACUCCGAUUGUAGCGCGAAGUAUCUCCUGGUACCCACCUAUAUUCCCAAGUGGGGCUGCGUAGGCACCUUGGACAAUUGACACUGGCUUGACAUGCGACAGCAGAAAGAACAUGAUGGCCUCCAAGCGAUUGAUUGUUCGGUGGGCAGCCCUGACAGCAAAAAGAUGUUCCAAGAGGAUCCAGUUUCAAUGAAGGAAAUGUUCCUUGUGGAUAAGUCCAUCGUGUGGUAUGGCAACAACUCUUCAAAAGAUCAACGAGCACAGACGACAGUUAACGGUUCGGGUGUCGAAAAGAAGUUGGGGAACGUCGAGUUGGAGAGUUGGGGUACAGGCUGGUCUUCGAAGAAUUUGAACGAUGGCUCUCAAAUCACGAUCAGGGGUGAUCGAAGUAUCAGUUUCUGUCGACCCUGGCCGUCAUUAUCCAUGAUCGAUCCGUUCCGGUUCUCGGCAUGGAGACAGUUGGCAGCAGACAAGAGCUCCAGUGCCAGAUCAAAUCCAAGAUCUCCAACUAGAGAGAAGUACCUCCAGGGUUGGAAGACAAGGGCACUACGAGCAGUUUCCAUAAUGGGAGUGGGAUUUCACUCUCUCGUCAUCCUGAACAUCAAGGUAUACCACCAAGUACAGAGCAGCAGUUCGCUCCAAAAGUGCUCCGCAUUAUACCCAGAAGGCGGGAAUGUCAGCAACGCACAGCGGUCGCCAAAUCCACCAGCAGAUGGCAUACAAGUACACAGUCGACGCACUGUUCCUUACAGGGUCCCCUCUCAGGUACAGCAAUUUCUACCCGGUGUACAGUUAGGUGCCCUCAUACUGCAAGGCCCCAUUGAUGCAAACGCCCCCAUGGUGCAAGCCUUCUGGGAGCCAAACUUCCAGAUUUGUAUGGCAUGA